AUGGACUUUUUGCAGCUGCCACGGGCUGGUGCUGCACCGCCGGAAGAGCUGCCGCAGCGACACGAAAGGGAAGCGACGGGCGAAAAGGAGACGAAUGAGGCGCCACAGAGUGGGCCCAACAACAGCGCCAAACGCCGUCGCAAUCGCCUCAAACAGCCGUUGACAAAAGACAUGCCGCGCGUGCUGUCGGAGCUGUUAAAAGAGCCCAAAGUAGCGCUUUUGCAUCGUGUGGUCAAAAUCGUGGGCCCCAAACUCUCCUGGCAGCUCUUGCGGGAGACGCUGCGUCUGGACAAAAAAGCCAGCGGCCAAUCGGCGGUUGACGCUGCAACUAGUGAUAGACCCGAACUCGUUUUCGUGCUGGACGAAGUCUCUCGGGACUGCAAAGUGCGGCGUCGCACGGCGGGCGGUGUCUUUUUCACGCUCUUGAAGGAAAAAGUGCCGAGGGAAACGUACCGGACGAUCUAUGAGGUCGAAGACAGGAAGAAAAAAGAGGCCAAGAAACGGGCACGUUAUCGCCACCGCCAGAGAAUGGAUACGAAAGUGGCGGCAUUGCGGUUUGACGACCUCACCUUAGCAGCUCAAAGGGAGAGCUUUGGGGCAGCUCGUGUCGAUGUGGCACCGAUGUGCGGUACAUUGCCAGCUGACGCAGCGAUGACUGAGGACGGUGAGGUUGUAGAGUGGAUGGAUGGCAAUGCGGAACCUGCGGCGCUGGCAAUGUAG